CUCCUGACCUCAAAUAAUUCACCCACCUUGGCCUCCCAAAGUGCUGGGAUUAUAGGCAUGAGCCACUGGACCCAGUCCUAAAUGUUUUGCUUCAGCCAAACAGACAUGGGAAAGACCAGGGGAGCAGGACUGAGAAGAGACGUAUGCGAAAAAAAUCAGUAAUUUUCUUUCAGAAAUACUGAUUUUGAAAUGCCCAUUGAACAGCCAAAUAUGUCAGGCUGAACAAACACGCAAGUCUGCGGAACAGAAGCAGAGGAAAGAUUUAUAAGUUUGGGAGCUAUUUUAUAUAAAUGGUAUAUAAAGACAAGAAUGAGAUCCUAGGGAUCGAGCACUGAUGGAAAAGAAUCCAAAAAACUCAGCACUACUAUAAUACCCCAAAGUUCGGAGGUAAGAAGAAUGAGGAUCCAGCAAACAAGACUAAGGAGUAGUAACCAGUGAGGAGAUUUUGAGGGGAAGCAAGAAAGACUAAAACCCAGAGACUGAGAGAGAAAAGGGUAUGAAGAAAUGUCAAAUGUUCUUGAUAUGCUAAGUCAUAUGAGAAAUGAAAAUACACUUUUUAAAUUUAUUAGGGGUCAAGUGACCUUGACAAGAGAUUUUAGGUGGAGUAGACUGGAACUACGUAAGAAGACUAGAAACUACGUAAGACUAGAACUGACGGUCCUCGGCGGGUCUGGACGUGGCGGGUUGCUUUCCAAAAUGGCGCGCGCGCUGAGGGCUGCAGCCGCGAAUGCCAGACUGGGGAGAAACCAGAAAGGAGAGCAAGUCCUGUAAAAACAACAACUACUACUUCGGCCGAACUCCAGGCAUGACCAGCUUUCUGCUGGGAACACUCAAAGGGGUUUUUUUCCAGAUUCCAAGCUCCCAUACCAACAGUAAGAGCUUCUUUCACGUCACGGCCCUUGGAUCAAAUGGCAGGUUCUGUGUGGAACCGUGGUCGACUCAAUCAUGUAGCCAUAGCAGUGCCAGAUCUGGAAAACGUGCAACAUUUUAUGAGAAUAUUCUGGGGGCCCCGGUAAGUGAAGCGGUCCCUCUUCCUGAACAUGAAGUAUCUGUUGCUUUUGUCAACCUGGGAAAUACCAAGAUGGAACUGCUUCAUCCACUGGGAUGUGACAGUCCAAUUGCAGGUUUUCUGCAGAAAAACAAGGCUGGAGGAAUGCAUCACAUCUGCAUCGAGGUGGAUAAUAUUAAUGCAGCUGUGAUGGAUUUGACAAAAAAGAAGAUCCGCAGUCUAAGUGAAGAGGUCAAAAUAAGAGCACAUGGAAAACCAGUGAUUUUUCUCCAUCCUAAAGACUGUGGUGGAGUCCUUGUGGAACUGGAGCAAGCUUGAUUUGUAUUUGCAAACAACUAAAUUAACUGACCUGAAAAAGCCUAUCAAAUACUAUCAAAAUGUACUAUGAUAUUGAGUCCUUUGCUGCUUCCAACAUGUAAAAGUUCACCAUUAAAAACUGAAUUACAGAAACAUUAAAAUAUAUACAUAUAUAAAUCAAUAAAUACGUAAUUAUUUAGAUUAACAAACUUGUUAAUUUGAAUCUGAAAAUUAGGGAACAUUAUUAAAAUCAUAUAGAAAUAAAUUAUUCCUCUUCUACAAUGGGGUAAUUGAAUGUAAAAAAAAACGAAAAAAAAAAGACUAGAACUAUGUAAGCAGAGAAAGCAAGUACAAAUAACUCAUUCAAAGCACCUGUGGCUCAUGCCUGUAAUCCCAGCACUUUGCAAGGCUGAGGCAGACAGACUGCUUAAGCCCAGGAGUUUGAGA